GGAUGAGAGUAGACCCGGCUGUGCUCCCUAAGGAGGGGUUUGGGGUGGGAUGGCAGUAUCAAGUCCUAUAAUCAGUUUGGUUAGGGCAGCCAGGUAGUUUAGCUCUGGGUCACGUGCUGCUCGCCCCUUCCCCAGGUCAAAGCCAAGUCCAGGAAGCCGUGAAGUGAGGGGCCAGAAGGGCAGACUCGAGGCACCGUCCAACCACUGGGUCGGCUGUUGAGGGGGUGCCGGGCAGACCACUCCCCUCCCUGGGUCGGGGGCGCGGCCUCAGCGGCCCCGCCCCGCUUCACCGGGCCGGGCCAGGCGGGCAAAAGGAGCCGGGAUCCCGGAGCGGGCUUGGGAGCUGGCGGGUCUGCGGCGAAGAGGUGUCCGCGCUGGAGCAGGCGCGGGGCAAGAGCUGGAGCUGCGGCGCAGGUGGCGUUUGGUUGCCCUGGAGGCCCUUGGCCAGGCCUAGGUCUCUGCUGCCAUGGCCAUUGUGCAGACUCUGCCUGUACCCCUGGAGCCCACUCCUGAAGCCACCAGUGCCCUCCAAGCUCCAGCCAUGGGCAGCGUGAGCAGCCUCAUCUCAGGCCGGCCCUGCCCUGGAGGGCCAGCUCCUCCCCGCCACCACGGCCCCUCUGGGCCCACCUUCUUCCGCCAGCAGGAUGGGCUGCUGCGGGGUGGCUAUGGGGCACAGGAGCCGCUGUGCCCAGCUGUACCCCCCAGGAAGGCUGUCCCUGGGACCACCUUCACCUACAUCAACGAGGACUUCCGGACAGAGUCACCGCCCAGCCCAAGCAGUGAUGUGGAGGAUGCCCGGGAGCAGCAGGCACGCCAUGCCCACCUCCGUGGCCCACCGCCCAAGCUCAUCCCUGUCUCUGGGAAGCUGGAGAAGAACAUGGAGAAAAUCCUGAUCCGCCCAACAGCCUUCAAGCCAGUGCUGCCCAAGCCUCGAGGGGCACCAUCCCUACCUAACUUCCUGGGUCCUCGGGCCACUGGGCUCUCUGGGAGCCAGGGCAGCCUGACACAGCUGUUUGGCGGCCCUGCCUCCUCCUCCUCCUCUUCCUCCUCCUCCUCGGCUGCCGACAAGCCCCUGGCCCUGAGUGGCUGGGCCAGCGGGUGCCCAUCGGGGACACUGUCUGACUCCGGCCGGAACUCACUGUCCAGCCUGCCCACCUACAGCACCGGGGGCGCCGACCCGGCCACCAACUCCCCUGGCGGGCACCUGCCCUCCCAUGGCCCUGGGCGGGGGGCACUACCUGGUCCAGCCCGAGGGGCCCCCACUGGGCCCUCCCACUCGGACAGUGGCCGAUCCUCCUCCAGCAAGAGCACGGGCUCCCUGGGGGGCCGCGUGGCCGGGGGGCUGUUGGGCAGCGGGCCUCGGGCCUCCCCUGACAGCAGCUCCUGUGGGGAGCGCUCUCCCCCACCCCCACCCCCUCCACCCCCCUCCGGUGAGGCCCUGCUGCACUGUGUCCUGGAAGGAAAGCUCCGAGAUCGGGAGGCAGAGCUGCAGCAGCUGCAGGACAGUCUGGAUGAGAGCAAGGUGACGGCGUGCCAGUGGACUCUACCCUCCCUGGGCCCAGGGGAGUGGACCGUCAGAUUGGUCAGUAAGUGGGGAGUCGGGGGCAGCCAGGGUUCCGGGUCUGGGGAGCUGCCCAGGACCCAGUCUGCUUCUCGCCUGCAGGUGUACGAGGAGAGGCAGCGGCACUGGCAGCGAGACCGUGAGGCCCUGCGAGAAGAUUCCGCUGCCCAGGCACAGCAGGCAGCUCAGCGGGCACAGCGGGCCCAACAGCUGCUGCAGCUGCAGGUGUUCCAGCUGCAGCAGGAGAAGCGGCAGCUGCAGGACGACUUUGCACAGCUGCUGCAGGAGCGCGAGCAGCUGGAGCGGCGCUGUGCCACCUUCGAGCGGGAGCAGCGGGAGCUUGGGCCACGGCUUGAGGAGACCAAGUGGGAGGUGUGCCAGAAGUCAGGCGAAAUCUCCCUGUUGAAGCAGCAACUGAAGGAGUCUCAGGCAGAGCUGGUGCAGAAGGGCAGUGAGCUGGUGGCCCUGCGGGUGGCACUGCGGGAGGCCCGGGCUGCCCUGCGGGUCAGUGAGGGCCGGGCACGGGGCCUGCAGGAGGCGGCCCGGGCACGAGAGCUGGAGCUGGAGGCCUGUUCCCAGGAGUUGCGGCGGCACCGCCAGGAGGCUGAGCGGCUGCGGGAGAAAGCUGGGCAGUUGGAUGCUGAGGCCACUGGACUCCGGGACCCCCCUGGGCCACCAGCAGCCACCGACCCAUUCCUCCUGGCUGAGAGUGAUGAGGCCAAGGUGCAGCGGGCGGCAGCUGGGGUGGGGGGCAGCCUGCAGGCCCAGGUGGAACGGCUGCGGGCAGAGCUGCAGCGAGAGCGGCGGCGGGGCGAGGAGCAACGGGACAGCUUCGAGGGCGAGCGUAUGGCCUGGCAGGCAGAGAAGGAGCAGGUGAUCCGCUACCAGAAGCAGCUGCAGCACAACUACAUCCAGAUGUACCGGCGCAACCGGCAACUGGAGCAAGAGCUACAGCAGCUCAGCCUGGAGCUGGAGGCCCGUGAGCUUGCCGACCUGGGUCUGGCUGAGCCAGCUCCCUGCAUCUGCCUGGAGGAGAUCACUGCCACUGAAAUCUAGGGCCCCUGGCAUGCAGCCCUGCAGAGCUCUGCCAAAGGGGAGCAGCAGCCUCCUAUCUACUCAGGCCCCAAGGUUCACUGAGGCCCCAAGGUCUGAGGGCCCCAGUGCCACUUGUCCCCCAGGAUCCAGGCCUCUGGUCUCUGCCAAGA